AUGGCUACCAAGUCCGCAGGCUCUAACGAAAAGACAACAUCGGACUCUGUUGGUAAUCGCUCGAGCAACGAUGUCGAGAACUUCGACGAGAAGCAGACACCCUACAACAAUGCCGCAUCUACUGUCGAUGCUCAUAUGGCCUUUGAUUCGUCGGACGACGAUUCACUGAACAAGGUCGACACCGCUGCUCAGGCUGGUGUACAGAAGGUUCAGGCUAUGACCCAGGUCUGGUCGAAACGUGAGAUCAUUCUUGCCUACGUUCUGAUGUGGCUCAUUCAAUUCAUCCUCGCCUUCGCUUCUGGUAUCAUUGGCACCUUGACACCAUAUGUGACCAGCUCCUUCCAAGAGCACUCUUUGACAGCUCUCACCAGCGUUGUUGCCAACCUCAUCUCUGGUCUAUGGAAGCUACCAUAUGCGAAGCUGAUGGACAUUUGGGGUAGACCACAAGCGUUGACACUAGGAGUUUCAUCUAUUACUCUUGGUAUUAUCAUGAUGGCUGGGUGCAACAAUGUUGCAACAUACUGCGCUGCUCAAGUCUUCUUCUGGCUUGGCUACAACAGUAUCGGAUUUUCCAUCACAGUAUUUAUCGCUGAUUCUUCCAAGCUCAAGAACCGAGGUCUCAUGCUUGGUUUCAUCUCCUCACCUUACCUGAUCACGACCUGGGUGUACGGUUUGGCAGCCAACGACAUCAUCAUGCCUGGCGGCAUGGGCUUGCGUUGGGGGUUCGGCAUCUUCGCCAUUGUCGUUCCGCUUGUCUGCGCCCCCUGGGUGAUCCUAAUGUGGAUAAAACAAAUAAAGGCCAUCAAGAUGGGCCUCGUCCCUGCUCACUCAAGCACACGCACCUUCGGACAGUCAUUCGUCUAUUAUGCCAGAGAGUUUGAUGUGAUCGGUCUCGGUCUCCUAGCCUUGGGUCUAGCUCUUUUCCUCCUAUCCUUCAACCUCUACGCCCUGCAACCCAACCAAUGGCGCGAUCCUAUGAUCAUAUGCUUCAUCAUCUUCGGCGCCCUCCUCAUCAUCGCCUUCUGUGUCUGGGAAAAAUUUGCACCGGUCACAUUCGUACCAUGGGAACUCCUGAAAAACCGAACCGUCAUCUUCACAUACACCAUGGCCUUUGCACUGUACAUUGGCUGGUACGUCUGGAACAGCUACUUCUUCAGUCUCCUCAUCGUUCUCUUCAGCCAACCCAUCCAGUACGCAACCUACAUCAGCAACACCUACACCAUGGGCAGCUGUGUCUGCUCCAUUCUCUACGGUCUCGCCCUCCGCAAAUUUGGUAAACUCAAGGUGUGGAGUAUCAGCCUUGGUGCACCACUCACCAUCCUCGGCACCGCCCUGAUGAUCUACUUCCGCAAUCCCAGCCAAGGCAUCGGCUACAUCGUGAUGUGCCAGGUCUUCAUCGCCUUCGGCGGCGGUAUCCUCGUCAUCUCCGAGCAAACCACCCUGAUGGCCGUCUCCCGCCAACAAGACUUCCCAGCCCUCCUCGCCGUCGAGUCCACAGUCAUCUACGUCGGAAGCGCCAUCGGCAGCACCAUCGCCGGCGCCAUCUGGACCGGUAUCUUCCCUACUCAACUUCUUCAACGUCUCCCAGCCGACGCACAGGCGAGCUAUGCAUCCAUCUUCGGAGAUCUCACUGUUCAAUCAGGUUAUCCUGUUGGCACUCCAGCCAGAAACGCCAUCAAUGACAGCUAUGCCUAUACUCAGCGAUUUAUGCUCAUCGCCGCAACCGCCAUCUACUGCACCAUGCUCGUGUCGAUUGCGCUGUGGCAGAAUGUUGAUGUUAGGAAGCAGAAGCAGAGAACUGUUGGCUUGCUAUGA